AUGGGUUCAUUGAAGUCGUUUAUCAAAGCCGUCAGAAAGUCUAAGACGAUUGCCGAUGAGAGGGCAGUCGUUAUGAAGGAAUCGGCGGCUAUUAGAACAUCAUUUAGAGAUGCUACAUUGGAUCAAACUACCAGAAGAAUCAAUAUUUCUAAGUUAUUAUACUUAUAUAUUAUGGGUGAAAAGACCCACUUUGGGCAGGUUGAAUGUCUUAAAUUACUAGCAUCUCCACGUUUUGCUGAUAAGAGAUUGGGCUAUUUGGCUACGAUGUUGUUACUAGAUGAAAAUCAAGAGGUUUUGACGUUGUUGACUAAUUCGUUGGAUAACGACAUGCAGCAUCCUAAUGCAUUCAUUGUAGGAUUGGCGUUAUGUUGUUUGGGUAAUAUUGCUUCUCCAGAAUUAGCACGAGACUUGUACACUAAUGUUGACAAGAUUAUUACUACUAAUAACCUUUAUUUGAAGAAGAAGGCAUGUAUUGUGGCAGCUAAGUUAAUUGAGAAGGACCCAGAUUUGUCUGAAAUAUUCUUGCCUAGAGUUCCACAAUUGAUAUCUGACAAACUGCCAGGGGUCUUGUUGGGUGCUUUGAGAUUGGUUCAAUCAUUAUAUUUCGCAAAUCCCGAAAACAGAGAGAGCUUGAUUAAAACUAUACCUAAAAUUGUUGGUCAUUUGAAGAGAGUUGCUAAUAGUGGUUAUAUCCCUGAUUAUGAUGUUUUAGGUAUUCUGGAUCCUUUUCUUCAAGUUUCUUUGUUAACUACGUUAAGAACUCUAGCGGUAGACGAAAGUUGCCCUCCUAAAUAUUUGGAAGAAAUUAAUGAUAUUUUAACUCAAGUUGCCUCCAAUAUUGAAAGUGGUAAAAAUGCAGCUCAUGCAAUCUUGUAUGAGUGUGUAAAGACUAUUUUUGCCAUUCAAUCUGACCAAUCUUUAAAGAUUUUAGGUGUGAACUUAUUGGGAAAGUUUUUGUCUACUAAAGACAACAAUACGAGAUAUGUUGCGCUCAAUACAUUGUUGACAGUCAUUAAUAUUGAACCAUUAGCGGUACAAAGACAUAGAAAUACAAUUGUUAAUUGUUUAUCAGAUGGUGAUAUUUCAAUCAGAAGAAGAGCUUUGGAAUUAUCCUUUGCUAUAUUAAACGAACAAAAUAUUCGGGUGUUAGUGAGAGAAAUAUUAUUAUUCUUAGAAAACUGUCGCGAUAAUGAAUUGAAACCUUACAUUUCAUCGCAAUUAACCACAGCUGCGAAUAAGUUUGCUCCCAAUGAAAAAUGGCAUUUUGAUACAUUGAUAAGAAUGCUCAAGCUUUCUGGUAAUUUUAUUACCCCAGAUAUAAUUUCAAACAUUUUAGCAUUGAUUAUGCAGUGCACUGAUGUGGAAUUGAAGAAGCAUGUAGUCGGAAGAUUAUUAUCGUUAUGUUUAGAAGACUCAACACAGUAUGGCUUAUCAUUAAUUACCGUCUGGUGUUUAGGAGAAUAUGUUGAUCUCAUUUUGGAUGGUAAUGUUGACGUUAAUGGCAAACAAGAACCAGUUACCGAUAAAUUAAUUUUGAAGUUGAUCGAUGAGCUAAUUAACAAUUCAACAUAUUCUGACCAAGAAACGGUUCAAUUGGUUACGUAUAUCUUAACUGCUAUAAUCAAGUUAUCAAUCAAAUUUAAGAACCCUGACUCUAUUGAGAAAUUAAGGCUAAUUUUGAAUUCAAGAACAUAUGAUAAUAACUUGGAAAUCCAAAUCCGAGCAGCAGAAUAUCAAGAAAUAUUUGCUCAAGAUACGCAAUUAAAGAAGGGAUUAUUGGCUAGAAUGCCAGCUCCAAGAGUUAAAGAAAGGGAAUCUCUUUCAUUGCAAAAUACUAAUGUCCAUAAGGCUAAACCUGCUGGUCAUCCCACUAAUGAAGCAGGAGUUCCCUCAUCAACCAAUGAUUUGUUGGAUCUUUUAGAUGACAAUAAUGAUGGUUCAAACAUGUCUAACAAUCACCCAGCCCCAAGUAACAAUGAUUUAUUAUCAGACUUAUUUUCAGGACCUACCAACCCUUCACAAUCUCAAACAUCAACACAUCCUAAGACAUCUAAUAAUGCAAAUAUACUAGAUUUGUUUGACUCGCCAGCAUCGACCCAAUCACCUGUUCAAUCUAACUUUGAAACAUCUUCACAAACAUCUGUCCUACCAAUUAAUGCAUUCUCUAAUUCAAAUAUUGCAAUUUCUUUCUUACCUAAAUCAUUUCCACAAAAUGGGCAGGCCACAUUGGAAGCACAUAUAAAGUCAAACUCCCCAGGUUCUUCGAUUGAGCAAUUUCAGCUUUUAAUUGCUGUUCCUAAGACUCAGAAGUUAUCAAUAUCAUCUACUUCUGGAGGAGACUCUUUAGUGAAUGGUUCCGACAUAAAACAGGUAUUGAAGAUUGUUGGUAAACAAGGAUCAAAGGUGAAAUUAAGAGUGAAAGCAAAAUAUGAUAUAAAUGGUGAAACAGUUGAAGAUUUGUUUGACUUUGCAGGGUUUAGCCUGACCUUAUGA